AUGGUGCACACACUCUCUCUAAUGGCUUCUCACAUCUAUCCUUCACCCCUUGCCUUCCCCACAACACAUGUCAAGGAGUGUCAAACUUUUGCACCUUCUUCUUUAGCAAAACCAGAUAUGCUCAAUUAUCAGUAUCCUUUUCUUAACUCAAGUCCAUUUGGAGAGCCCGUUAAAACCCGAAAAAAUUGGUUUGAUGAAACUCAGUUCGUCAAUGUUGAUUCCUCGCCCCAAUGGCAUGUAUCAAUUGAUGCACAAGAAUCCUGUUCAAAUGCAGUACUUUUAGGCUUUGGCAUUGUUGAGCAAUGUACUAAGCAUGAUACAGUUUCAAAUCUCCUAAAAUCGGGAACUGCUGAGUCACGGGUAGAUGGUGCAAAUAUAUCCUUGUUAUUAGACUUGAUGAAAUUGCAGUUGUCAGCCAUUAAUGAACCUCAACAACCAUUCUCAUCUGACUCGUCGUGUCUUUUAUACCUUAAUGACAAAUUCAACAUCAAGAAACCUUUUCUGUAUUUUCUUCAAGAUUCCGCACUUACUUCAAAGGUUACGGUUCAUCUUGAUGGCCAAAUCACAUUUAUGGGUGCGGAAAUUCAGAUGAAAGAUCUUCUUUCUGUAGUUGCUGAGUCAUAUUUGUCAAAGAGAUUACAUAAGGGUGAAAAGCUCUCAGUGCUUGUUCCACACUUCAGCAGGGUGAAUAUCGGUGAAGCAGAAGUACAGAGUCAUUCAUCUACAAUGAAGAUCAAAUCUACCUUAACCGCUCCUUUAAGGAGUCCUGAGAAAGUCAAACUCAAACCAUCAAAAAAGAAGAAUAAGAAAAUCAACAGAGAAAGAGAUAUCUACAAAAACUAUUCACAUGCAUGUGAGAGCCUUCUGUCCUUGAUGGUCAACAAGAAACAAAAUCGAAAAACAAUAAUUCCUUCACUCAAGAAAUCCGGCCCCGAGCUUCCUGAGCUUCUUAUGCAAAUUUCUGCUGGGAUUGCUGGGACUGGCCUUGCUGUCCUACUAUCUGUCAUGUGUAAGCUAGCUUGUGGAAGGGUUCUUCUUUCUGCAUCCAGCUUUUUCAGUACCGGGUUGGGAUUUGGGUUGGUUUGGCUUUCUUGGAUAGUAAGUAAGCUAAGGGCCACAAUCUUUAGCAUCAGCAAGAAUGCAGGAAAGCCAGGUUUGAAAGAAGAGGUAAUGAUUCAGAAACUCGAUAAGAGGAUUAGAGAUAUUUACUUCGGCUCCGCAGCAAUUCUAGCAGUGGCAGUGCUAAGUAUUGCUUGA